AUGAAACAGCCUCUCCAGAAGCUCAGAAAGAUGCUACAUCUCCGCAGACCAAGUGCUAACUCUAAUGUGGUUAUUGUUAAAGCUCCGACCUCAUCGUCAGCUUCCAUUUCUGCAUCCGUUUCCACUGCCACCUUUGAAUCACCGCCCCAAAUCUCUUUCUUCGACGUCGAGACCAACCUGAACAUGCACUCACCCAACGGUUAUUUCGAUAGCCAUGUCUCUGAUGGCGCCAAUGGCACAAAUUACAGCACCAAUGGUGUUCCCAGGCGAGACGAACCUAUCCUUGGCCCGAUAUCUCCACUUACUAAUGGCGAUCCUAUCCUACCCUCAACAUCACCCCCAGAAUGGUCCUCUGCCAUCGGCCACGCCAUGACCGGUAAAUCCGGAAGAGUUAUUCACAAUCUCCAAGAACAAAUCACACGUCUUACUCGUGAAUGCAACCUCCACCGAACCCGAGCCGAAGAAGCUCAGCGCAUGAACGAAGUGUUAAAACAACAACUACAGACCGUUACCGACCGACUACGCAGCUCCGAGCAGUCCCACGAAGCAAGUCUGAUAACAAUCGCACGCAAGGACAGGAAAAUAGAAGAUCUCAAAUCAGAAACACAAAGCGAAAAGAACAGACGUCUAAAGGCCGAAAACGACGCCUCGGAAACCACACAACUUGCCCAACAACAGCGCGAAGAGCACCAGCGAGCCUUUGCAGAAGCACAGGAAAUUGCCCAGCGAUCUCAAUGCCAAUAUGAUGCUCUCUCCCAGGCCCGAUUACGCGACAGAAACGAGUUUCAGUCCCGUUUCAGCAUGUUCAGGAAAGAUUUUGACGAGCUAAUAAAGCGCGAACAAGAACGGCAGAAUCAACUCAGUAGACUGGACGUUAUUAUCGAACAAAAGGACCGUGAGAUACGAGCUGCUCGUGACCGGACAGAGAAAAUCACCUCGUUGUACGAAGAGUACAAAUCGCGCAGUGACGAAGUGCUACAGAACCUUGUGGAGAAAGGAAGGCAGAACGAUCGAGACGUCGACACUGUGCUGAGGGAUGCCCGAGAGGCCACCGACAAGAUGAAAUGGGUUGUCAACGUCAAGCAAAACGUCAAAGGCGCCAGAUGA